CUUACACCAAGAACCAAGUGGACAUUGCCACCCAGGGCUGGUUCAUCGGGCUCAUGUGUGCCAUAGCCCUCCUGGUGCUCAUCCUGCUCAUCGUUUGCUUCAUCAAGAGGAGCAGAGGGGGGAAAUACCCAGUUCGAGACAACAAAGAUGAGCACCUAAACCCCGAGGACAAGAACGUGGAGGAUGGAUCCUUCGACUACAGUGAUGAAGACAACAAACCUCUUCCCAACAGCCAGACCUCGCUGGACGGGACGAUAAAGCAGCAGGAGAGCGACGACAGCUUGGUGGACUAUGGAGAGGGGGGAGAAGGGCAGUUCAACGAGGAUGGUUCCUUCAUCGGCCAGUACACGGUGAAGAAGGACAAAGAGGAGACUGAAGGCAAUGAGAGCUCCGAAGCCACAUCCCCAGUCAAUGCCAUCUACUCCCUGGCAUAGCUCAAUGCCCAGAAAACACCCAUAGCCUGAGGGUCUGUAGUGGAUGGGGGUUAAACUACAGCCACCGCCACUCCCUCCGACACCAACGUGGGAACGAAA